ACCAGAACUAGCCGACCGCAACACAAAUCGGCCAGGAUGAAGAACAGAUAGAUAGAUAUCCAUCCGCUGCUAGCGUUUUCGUCAGUACCUACUCAUACGUCCUUGUUUGAUCGCCGAAACGAUGCACAAUCAGUGACACGAUUAUCAAACCGGUUCACGCCUCGUCUAUGUCCAGUGCAAAAUUGUGAAACGUGCAGUUUUGGCCAACAUGUCAAAAAAGAAAAGUCGACAUCCCUCACAAUUCCCUACCCCCUAAAACGAAUGGCUGGCUCUCGUGGUGGUGGAGGCCUGGAUUCGAUCAAGUGCCACUGUUUUCGGGAAUGAUUUCGACACAACUAAUUUCCAACACCUGGAGCUCACUCAAUCGCGCCCAUGGAUCAUUUCCCAAGAAACAAGACAAGCGCUCUAGGUCUUGCAGUCCUGAUGGCGGAGAGCAAAGACCGUCUGAGACACACGUGUGAAUCUUUCGUCCCAUCCAGUCAUUCUUCGACUCAGAGAAGGUUUGGUACGAUUGGAGGAGGUGGUGUCAGGUCCAUACAUUCGGGUGUUGGGCGCAUCUAAACGUUACGCCUCUCGGAUCAAAAACACGGAACAAGGAACAAGGAACCGAGAUCAUCUGCAUUGCAAACUGAACGAAAAGACGGAACAAGAAAGGACGAGCGUCUGGCCUUCGAAUAAAACAGGGGAAGAGAGAAGGAAGGAGUAAUGCCCAAGUUCGCACUCGAGCUUUGCUCUCCAAGUUGCGCGUGCCGCGCUAUUGCCCACCAGACGGCCCUACGGACGUAUUCGAAAAUGUCGUCUUCCAUUCUGGGUCGUUCAGCACAAAGCCCACCCAUGAAAGGUGGGAUCAAAUUGGAGCCCAUCGACGAUGAAGACAACAACAAUGAGAGCACUGACCUGGUGAAAUCCAUGAAAGUGAACAGUCCGGAGACGACUUCGCAACCCGAUUCCCAAGGGAUCCAUAUGGGCACAAGCAACGGUUCCCGAUCGCCGGGCUCGCCUCCCCCAUUUCCAUCAUCGGGCUUGGGAGGCCAGCCUACCACAUCCGGUGGUUCCCACCACUUGACACCAACGACCUUGACCCAACGAGUGUCCCCCCAAUUGGUGGGGUCCUCGUCCUUAUCCUCGGGAUCCAAGAGCUCAUCAUUCGCUUACCUUCUGACCAAUGCCCAUGGAACAUCCGCCACCAAUAGCAUCCGACUCGCCCCGCCUCAUCUUCAGCAGCAGCACCCACACCCCUCUCAUCUUCAUCACCCACCACCGCCCACAUCCAACACCACCCACCCCACCACGGUUGCCACGACGGUUGCCACGGCUGUUGUGCAGGGCGGGGAUGCUUUGAGCGAAUCCCGGACUAUCUUUAAGGUGAAACGGUUCUUAUGCACGCUCAUUCAUUUCGGAGUGGAUAUUAGUCCCGACGUCGGCGAAAAGGUCAAGGAGCUCGUCUUCAACUUGGUGGCCGGUAGCAUUUCCACGGGGGAGUUUCAUCAUGUCGUGCAAGAGGUGACCAACUUUCCACUCCGGAGUUUUGUCCUACCCUUCCUCAAAUCCAACAUCCCUCUUUUGGCACGCGAUAUUGCCACAUUAGCUCUACUGACGUCUCAGACGCCCUUGCAAUACUUAAAAGCCCACCAGAAUCUCCUCUUGGACAUGCCAACAGGAUCAGGAACAGAACACAACGACAUCUUCAACUCAGAUUCCUCUCCUUCAUGUGGUGGCUUGGGUUUCAAUAUCAUUCAACCUCGUUUCAACGGUGGCAAACGAAAGUCCCCUCUCGGCAACGGACCCAAUCACCUUGGAACCACCUCUUCCUCAUCGUCGACCUCCUCUACGACCACCUCGUCUGCAUUCGCACCAAGUGCUAAUGACAGCCCACAUCACCUGCACACUAGUCCUGCUCGCACAGGAUGUGGGAAUGGCAUUUUAGAACAGGACCGCCGCGACAGUGAGGAGAGUGGAACGGAAGACGGUCCGACGGCAGAAUCAGGCGUCAAGCGUCUUAAGAUGGCCAAUGGGUCAGCCACGAUGGACAAUGUGGUUGGGGGACACGGAACAGGAAGUAGUCGUACCAACGGCGUGGGCGCCCCAAUGGGCGACAAUGCUCAGUGUAAUAGGGUCGGAGAUGGACCGGGAAAAAUGUCGACGAUCCGUCAACAGCAGAGGGUUUAUCCCCAUUCAUGGCGUCACCAUGCCUCUUUGUUUGGACGGGAGGGCCUGAAUGGAGCCUCGACUAAUGAAGGUAUGCAAAGGACAAGCGGUAUUGGACCUCGAACCACACCGUCGUCCCUGUCCUCGUCUUCCACCCACCAUCAGCACGAUGAGGAGUGGAAAAAUAUACAUGUGAUGCUAAAUUGUAUAUUGGGAAUGGUGGACAAGACAAAGCGAGCUCUGACGAUUCUCCAACAACGACAAAUGGGCCAAACACCUCCGGGGACUCCAUUAAAUAGCUACGAUUUGCAUGAGCCCAACGGCUCAAGGUCGAGGUCUUUGAGCACCUCCGCAAAUCAAGCCUCCAUGAACGAGCUCCUUGCGGCUACAUUGCGAAACACCGAGGAAAAAGUCAUUGAAGUUCGGCGUCGGGCGGAGGAGGCCGUUCAAGACGUCAAGCGGGCAGCCAUGACAGAGCUCCAACGAGCUGUGGCCAUGGCCGAGAAAAGAGCCGUGGAAUCUGUGGCCAAUGAACGCAACAAGAUCGAAAAGUACCUCCUCCUAGAAGCUGCUUCCAAAACGAGCCGAGCGCCCUCUGACGAUAAAUCACGGCUAACAGAUGCCAAGUCACAGUGUUGCUGGAAUUGCGGGAGACAAGCGACAGAAACGUGCAGCGGAUGCAACCUCGCCAGAUAUUGCAGCCAAUUCUGUCAACACAAAGAUUGGGAAGGCCAUCACAAGGUGUGCGGAUUUCAAAAAGAUCCCCCAUUGGACCCGGAGACCAAGAGCGAAGAGGGCGGAGCAAUGAGGAUCAAAAUAAGGUCCUCGGACCCUGACGAGGUCAGCGGGAACAUUGCCAAUCCAGACGUUGAGGGAACGCCACGGACCACAACGGUCCAAAGUGUGGCGAACGGAGACGACGAGUCUGAUGAUUAUGAUUGAAGCAGAAUCGUCAUCCACGAGAUAUUGCAUUUGCUGGAUGAUGUAUCGGGUCACUCACCCACGGGCACAUGGAGCAAUAAAGCUUAGCCUAGGCUCAUUUUGGUUGAUAUUAUGAACCGAUCUUGCAAUACGAGCUUGGUCGCCACUCAUUGUUGCAAUUGAUUCGAUGUCUUCAUUCUAAACAAGAUAAAUCAGAAAAGCAAUGUUACAAACAAUUUUUUGUCAGAAUAAAGAGUACAAUUAUGAAA